AUGCCCAUAACCUGGACCGCCGAAGCCGACGCAAAGCUUCUCCUCGGAUUCGUUGACCAGUGCAAAGAUGCCAACUUCAAGCUCGAUUACAAUAAGCUGGCUGCGUAUGUGGGUCCAGAUGUAACUGCCUGCGCAGUCGUCAACCAUGUCAUUCGUCUCCGGAAAUUGAUUGCCCAAGAGGGAGGGGGCUCUGCUGCGAGUACUCCUGUUACUUCGCCGGCUAAGUCGAAGUCUACGCCGAAGAGAAAGGGGGCUGGGGUCGCGAAGACGCCGACGAAGAUCGCAAAGAGAGAUAUUAAGCGGGAGAGAGAAAUGGGGGAUGAGGAUGAGGAUAUGAUGCCUGUGCAGGUGGUCAUUGAAGUUAAGAAGGAGGCCGAAGAGGAGGUUGAAGAGUAG